AAGAAAAACAUGAAGAAAUUAAUCCACACCAACAUCAAAUUAAGUCACGACAUAACAACCUUAACACUGAUUAUUCAGUUCUGAGUAAUGAUCGAUGAUUACCUGAACUCCCUGAAAGUGAGUUUAAUGGAAGCUAGCGGCCUCUGUAUGACCUCUUCGGCCCCAACAAUGCUUCUUCUCACUGAGUGCUUGAUGGAAAAUCAAACCAUCGUUCUUGCGAGCCUCCCGAAAACGAAAGCAACAACUCAGUUCUCUACCUGGUAUGUGCCAGAACUAAUGACUUCGAACUCCACUACCUUUCCUUUAAAAUUAUGAAAGAUGAUUACUACACUCCAAAUUGCUCUCUAAUCCUUGCUGGUUUUUAAUUUUCCAUAAAAAAACUUUUUUGCUGUUCUGUCACAUCAAACUCUCUAUCUCUCACUAAUAUUUUUCUUUUUAUAUCCCCAGCUCCAAGUUUCUCUCUCAAGUGUUCAAAUCUUCCUCCAGAUCCACAUAGUUGAUCAAUGCUUAAAAAGUUCCAAGUCUCAGAAAUUGAAAUCUUCAAAAUCAACACACAAUAAGAAUCGUGAGUUUUUUAAAUGUUAAAAUAUUGCCACAUCUCUAUCAUCGCCCAUUUUCCAGAAACUAGCAUUGGACAUUAAAGUGACAUGUAUUGCAAAGCUUAUUACACACACACGACAACCAUGGCAGCGAUGAACACAAAGUCAUUUGAUCACAAACUUGGCAUUGUUUAUCCUCAAAAUUGUACCUGACCAUCGAUUAUACCAUAGCAUACUGAAGCGCAUUUUGGAAUAUCGGCGCCAGAUAUCUCCCAUGUCACCCUGGAUCUUAGAUCCCAACGAUCCACUUUUCUCGUAUAUAUCUCACUUUUUGUUCAUGUCCUUCAGUUUAUUUUUUCAUCGUCUCUAUAAAAGCACCACCAACUUCCAAGUUGCUCAUUCAAAAUCUUAGGCACUAGAAACCAAUCAUACAUAGUUGCAACAAUGGAUAGCUUUCCAACUGUUGACAAAUGUGCAUCCAUAGGUAGAGAAAAGCACACUGUGGUAGCUGACAUGGAUGGAACCCUGCUUAGAGGUCGUAGCUCAUUCCCUUACUUUGCUCUACUUGCCUUUGAAGCUGGUGGGAUUUUUAGGCUGAUUUUCUUGCUAUUGGCCUCACCGCUAGCAGGACUUCUAUACUACUUUGUGUCCGAGUCUGCUGGUAUUAAGGUUCUUAUAUUUGCUACAUGUGCCGGAAUGAAGGUUUCCGAUAUUGAGUCUGUGGCUCGUGCUGUACUGCCUAAGUUUUACUCUAGCGAUCUUCAUUCUGAGUCGUGGCGUGUGUUUUCUUCUUGUGGAAAACGAUGUGUUCUUACUGCAAAUCCAAGAAUUAUGGUGGAAGCAUUUUUGAAAGAUUUCUUGGGAGCUGAUUUGGUUUUGGGGACAGAGAUGUCUACUUAUAAAGGCAGAGCAACAGGGUUUGUUCUUAGCCCAGGAGUACUUGUGGGGAAGAACAAGGCAGAUGCCCUCAAAAAGGCUUUUGGAGAGGCACAGCCAGAGAUUGGACUUGGAGAUCGUCAUACAGAUGCACCCUUCAUGGCUUUAUGCAAGGAUGGCUACAUAGUGCCACCCAAGCCAGACGUUAAAGCAGUGACAACGGACAAGCUCCCAAAACCAAUCAUCUUCCAUGAUGGCCGGCUAGUCCAAAAACCAACACCAUUAUCAGCACUACUCACAAUUCUCUGGAUCCCAAUAGGCUUCAUUUUAGCCUGCUUGAGAAUUGCAGCCGGGUCACUCCUGCCUAUGCCAAUGGUCUACUAUGCUUUCUGGGCACUUGGUGUCCGUGUCAUCAUAAAGGGAACCCCACCUCCCCCGGCCAAGAAAUCAAUCGGUCAAUCUGGUGUCCUCUUUAUUUGCUCUCACCGAACCUUGCUUGAUCCAAUAUUUCUCUCCACUGCCCUCGGCCGUCCUAUCCCAGCAGUCACGUACUCAGUUUCUCGUCUCUCUGAAAUUAUCUCACCCAUCAAAACUGUUAGACUCAGCCGUGACCGUGCUACAGACGCAUCCAUGAUCAAGAAGUUGUUAGAAGAAGGUGACCUAGCUAUAUGCCCUGAGGGAACUACUUGCCGCGAACCCUUUCUUUUAAGGUUCUCAGCUUUGUUUGCUGAAUUAACAGACCAACUUGUUCCAGUGGCUGUGGUGAAUCGCAUGAGUAUGUUUCAUGGGACAACAGCAAGAGGGUGGAAAGGGAUGGAUCCGUUUUACUUCUUCAUGAACCCUAGCCCAGCAUAUGAAGUAACUUUCUUGAACAGGUUACCACAGGAGCUAACCUGCACUGGUGGGAAAUCUAGUCAUGAGGUGGCAAACUACAUACAAAGAGUGAUUGCUGCCACCCUGUCCUAUGAAUGCACUUCCUUUACUAGGAGAGAUAAGUACAGGGCACUUGCUGGGAACGAUGGUACUGUGGUUGAAAAAACGAAGCUCCAAGCCAACAAAGUAAUGGGGUGUUGAUUAUAUUUGUUCCACAAUUUGAGUUCAAUUAUACACCUCUGUGAGUCAAUCACCAAGUGUCCUGCGCCAUUUGGGGUCACAACCUGUUUCAGUUUUCAAGUUGGGGGAGAAAGGGAUAUUUCCAUAUAUUUCCCUUCAUGUUUCAAACUAAUGUCAUGUUUGGUAGAAAUGAUAUUUGCAAAGAAUAAAUGAGCAAAAUCAAGCUCAAUAGCUUAUUCAGGGAA